AUGUAUAAAUGCAUGGAUGUUAAUCGUUUUCAUUUCAUUGAAGGUGAUACUGAUUCAUCUUAUUGGGCAAUCGCUGGCGACCCAAAUCUUCCUAACACUCAAGCAUUUCAAGCAAUUGUAACCGAUAAAAAAUUUUAUGAUAAAAACAUUUACAAAUUCGCACCUUUUGAUUUCUUCUGUUUUAAUGAGAAAUUUAAACCUAAAUUAAAGAAUAAAGCUGAAGAAAAAGCACAUGAGAAGAAGUUAUUGGGUUUAGCAAUUGAGAAACAAGGUGAUAACAUGGUUGCUUUAUGUCCUAAGUGUUAUACUUCAUUCAACGGUUCAAUUGAUGGAAGUGAUUUUAAAAAGAUUGCACAAAAAAUGAAAGGAGUUAGUUUACGACAAAAUAAACAAUUAACACCUAAAAAUUAUUUGGAUAUAAUAAAUGAUAAAGUGAUAUUUGAUGGUCAGAAUAUUAAUUUACAACUUAAAAACGGGUCAAUGACUCGCUUAACAAUCGGUAAGACUGCAUUAACAGGAGCACACACUAAGGCUGUAUGUUGUGAAAAUGGAUGUUGUAUGCCAUUUAUUUAA